CUUCGCCGUCGCGUCAUUUUGGGAGAUGCUGUCGCUCCACCACCGACGCGGCGCCCGGCCGAUCAGCUUAUAUAUAAAUAGCUCUCGACAUUAGCGCUGCACUUGUCGUUCCUCGGAUCGAAGGCGCAAAUAUUGACGAGAGAAACGGAGCGAUCGAGUUUACUCAUUUGAGAUUUGAGAUCGGAAUAGAGAAUAGGGAAUAGGGAAUAGGGAUUAGGGAUCCGAUCGUAGCCAAUGGCAGAGGCAGCCGCGCCGGAGAUGAGUUUGACUGAGAAGAGGAGGAAUAAGGAUACCGGAGGAGGCGGCCUUCUCCUCGGGCGGUUUGAUGUGGGCAGGCUCCUCGGUGCCGGCUCCUUCGCGAAGGUCUACGUCGCUCGCGACGUUCGCACCGACGAGCUCGUGGCCAUCAAGGCGCUCGACAAGGAGAAGAUCGUGAAGGGAGGAUUCGCCGCGCACAUCAAGCGCGAGAUCGCCAUCCUCCGCCGCGUACGCCAUCCAUACAUCGUGCAGCUCUUCGAAGUCAUGGCUACCAAGACUAAGAUCUAUUUCGUCAUGGAGUACGUCCGCGGCGGCGAGCUAUUCGGCGGCGUCGCCAAGGGGCGGCUUCUCGAGGACACCGCCCGCCGCUACUUCCAGCAGCUGAUCUCCGCCGUAUCCUUUUGCCACGCCAGAGGCGUCUUCCACCGAGACCUCAAGCCGGAGAACCUCCUCCUCGACGAUAACGGUGACCUCAAGGUCUCCGACUUCGGCCUAUCAGCGGUGGCUGAGCAGAUGCACGUAGAUGGCCUCUUGCAUACCUUCUGCGGCACGCCCGCAUACGUCGCGCCUGAAGUGCUAUCCCGCAGGGGCUACGAUGGCGCCAAGGUUGACGUCUGGUCCUGUGGUGUCAUCCUCUUCGUGCUCAUGGCUGGUUAUCUCCCCUUCCACGACCGCAGCAUCGUGGCCAUGUACCGGAAGAUCCACAAAGGAUCCUUCCGAUGCCCACGGUGGUUCUCGCAGGACCUUGUCCAUCUCCUCCAUCGCCUCCUUGAUGUCAAUCCUCAAUCCCGAGCUACCAUUCCGGAGAUCAUGGAGAAUCCUUGGUUCAGAAAAGGGUUCCGACACAUCCGAUUUUAUAUCGAAGACAACCAAUUACAUAGCUUUAACGAUUCAGACUCAGAAGAUGAACAAUUGCAGAGUAAUCAACCAAAGCCGGAUGAGACAUACGAAUCAGGGUCAGAAUCGGAUAGUUCCGUGGCAUCCUGUCCAGCAUCAUUCUCCGACGAGCCGUACCAAUGUCAUCCAUUGUUAAGGCCACCAAGCCUUACCGCAUUUGAUAUCAUAUCUUUCUCAAGAGGCUUUGACCUCUCAGGUUUGUUUGAAGAGAAAGGGGAGAUGACCAGGUUCUUGUCCAAGGAGCCUGUCGAAGUAAUAGUAUCGAAAUUGGAGGAUAUUGCAAAGGGUGUGAGCUUUAAGGUCCGGAAGAAUGGAUGCCGGAUCAGCUUGGAAGGAACUAGAGAGGGUGAGAAGGGCCCGUUGACAAUCGGCGUGGAUGUAUAUGAGCUUACACCAUCCAUGGUUGUGGUCGAGGUGAAGAAGAAGGCAGGUGACGGAGGGGAGUAUGAAGAGUUCUGCAAUAAGGAACUCAAGCCAGGCUUACAACACCUCGUCUAUAUCUCCACCCACCUUGCCCGUGAUACUGAAUAAAAAAUGGUAAUUUCUUCAACUUUCCUUACGAAUCUUCGCCUCAUUAUUGAACGAGUUAUAAAAAUCAGAGUGGCCUAUCAUUUGCAUGUUCUAGAAUUUGAAAUUUCAUGGAUAUAACAUGAACUGCAUUGUUGUCAACUUGAAAAUCUUAUUUCCCAUUAAUUAGAUAAUGUCACUACUAAGAGAAUCUGAUCAAUCAUUUGUUUGAAAGGUCUAAAAAUCAUUGUCAUUUUUUAAACAUUUACAUUUAGAUAUCCAAGAUCUGACCAAAUAUGGGCAAUUUUAUCCCGGUUAUCAUGAGUUAUUUGGAUAAUCUACCUCCAUCACAUAAUUUUCCAUUUAAGAUUUCAUAAAUUAAGAAAUUAUGAACAAGUAGCAAGUGACCACCAUUUUUUAAUCGCUGAGAUAACAAGAGAAGACUGGAAAAACCAAUUACUAACCUGACACAAGUAGCAAAAGUUCUGGCACAUCAAUUAUCUAGCACUCUUGUAGUCUUUGGACUUGGAACAGAAAUAAUAUUUUGACAAAGAAAUUAAAUAACUUUUUCCAUGUUCUUCCAUGAUGGGAAUGCUGUCCAAUUUCAAUCAAAAGCUGCAUCAUUAGGAAUUUACUUUAUUGUUUAAGUUUGCAGCUUGCCAUUUUCACUUUAUUUAACCAACUUCUCAUUUUCUUUACAUGGGGAUUUCUUGCAUUUGUUUGUUUUAUUAAUAAAAGUGAAAAAAUGAAUCAUGCUGUCUUUCCACUUCUUGAUCAUAGUUCCAAGAGCCUAAGAAUGCAUUUAUUUGAGGGAGUUUUGAUUGAUGAAGAAGGCAUUAGGCAGAAGCUGGUGUAGCAUAAAGCUGGAAAAAGUGUAGAAAGAUGGAAAUAUAUCCAAGAGAAGAAGGUUGAAAAAUAUUAAAAUUCAAUGGAGCAAUAAGAUCUAUGUAGCUCUACCAAAAUAGUUGGGGACUACAUGCGUUAAUAGAUUGGAGUGUCAAGAAGAGUCUGCUCUAUUGUUGUGAGUGUAAAUAAAAAAUGCUAAGGCGAUGUGGGCUAUAACUCAUUACUCAAAACUAUGAAAACCUGAAAGAUAAGUUUGAUUUUUUAAUUUAAAAAUAUAGUUUCAAAAUUUUGUUAGCACUUAGCAAAAGUAUAUAUGUUAAGAUUAUAGUAAAAAAACAUGAGAAUUUUUUCAGAAGUACAUUUAAGUUCACUUUUCCGUAUCUUUGUAGACAUGAACAUGCAACCUAGUGACAGGUUUUGUAUAAUGGGUAGCCUCCUGGUCAGGGAUACAUUGUUUUAAAGACUUUCAACAACAAAAGUCACUUCAAAUUUCAUAGGCUUUAUUUAUUUCAGUAGCUGAAAUGGAACACUAUAGUGUCAGACGGUCUCAACAACUAAAAAAAUAAGUAAACUAGUUGAAUUGGUAGGAUAUGGCUGAAUUCCUUGUUGGGCUUGAAUCAUCUUGUAAGGUCAAUAUACUAAACUUUUAGUUUCUGCAUUUGAUAUGCAUGCAGAUCCCCUAAAAUUAGAUGGUCUGGCUCUUAACAGGCACUACUGUUCACUUCCAUAUUAUUUUUGCUUCACAUGUUAUAGAAGUUUCUCAAACUAGACAAGUACAAGGAUACAACAAAAAUGUAGACAUAUGCAACUUAAUUUCACAUGCAUUAUCUUAUUCUUCAUGGUGCUACGGCUAUCAAUAUCCACACUUCAUAUACUAAAUGAUCAUUUCCACUUCUUUGUCUUUGUCACUUCUCUCUAUAUUUUUUUUAAAUGACAAUGUAUCUUAAUUCUUAUACUGGUUACAAUUUACAAAUAUUCCUGUGAUUAGGUCUACUUGUGUUGAGCAGUUCAACUCAAAGCAUUGGCUGGUUGGUUGUCUGUUGAGACACUGGAGUAGAGGGAUUUGUCUUCAGAUACUAUAGUCAUUUGUUGGACAAAUCAUUUCUUCUCAUUAUACUUCAAAUGCUGAUUUUCCCUAUUCUUUUCUAGUGUUUAUAAAUACAGUUGACAAGGCUGAACCUCUGACUAGCACCGAUCAAACUGGCAUCAGCAAGGUUUGUCGAACAUUUGUUCUCUGUAUUCGAUUAUUACCUUAUUCUUUAAUUAGGUCAUUAUGGUUUCUUCCCCUGGUUUGGGUACUUCUGUUGUGAAUUUGAGGUCAUACGUCCAUAACUAGCUAAUGAGCCUGUUGUGUAGCAUGGUUACCUAUUAUUUUGUGUAUGCAUACAAAGGUCUUGAAUAGUCAACAAGAUAACUGUAAAAAUCACACUCAGUGCCUGUAUAGCGAUGUUGUCGUUGUAAUCAAGAUUAUGUUUACUGCAAAUUUUACUGCUGGAUCUUAGCUUUGCGUUGUUCAGUAGUCAGAAAAGUUAAA